UACAUAUAGAGGGAAACCACGGUGAAACUAAACGCACUUUUUUUAUAUCCGUGUUGUCCGGUGUUUGAAGACGCUUUGAAAUCGCUUUCAAUUUCUUCGUAGGAAAAAUGUCGGGUGAUACCGAUAAAGCGAAAAUCAGUGAUAAUCAGGAUGAAGACAAGAAGUCUGCAGCCGGUGACGGACAGACCACCGAGGAUGAGUCCUCACAAGACUCCAAGGGUGAGUCUCUACCGCAACCGUCGGAGUCAAAGCCCGAAGGUAACACCGACGUAGACCCACCAAAAACAGAAGAUAAUAAACCACCAGAAGGCGAGUCGAAGGAGGCGACGUCCAACGGCAAGUCCGUGCCCGAGACCGCCGAGGCCGACAGCGAGUCCAAGGAUGACGACGACAAGAGCGACAUGAAGCCAGACUCCAAUAAUAAGGAGGAGAACGGAGAGACUCACGAUGAAGAGGACGACGUGAAGGAGAACAACAAGGCCGCAAAGAAACCAGCGCCGCCCAAGAAGAAGGCCAAGAAAGAGGAUACUGAGGAAGAGGACGAGGAAGAAGAGGAGGAAGAUGAGGAGGGCGAGGAGGAGGAGGAGGGCGAGGAGGGGGAGGGCGAUGAAGAGGCCGAUAAGAAGCCCGCCAAGGAGAAGAAGCCUCCAGUAAAGAAGGCGAAGAAGGACGACGACGAGGAGGGCGAAGACGAGGAGGAGGAGGGCGAGGACGAGGAGGGCGAGGAGGAGGAGGAGGAGGAGGAGGAGGAGGCCGCGCCCAAGCCGAAGCCUAAGAAAGAGCCGACAGAGCCGCCGGUGCCGGUGCCAGCCGGGAAGGGAACCCCGCUGGGACACAUCAGCAACGUCGAGAUCGCGCUCUCCAGGUUCAAGAUCAACGACCAGAAGAUGAUGCACCAGUACCUGUAUGGGCAACUGUGCAUGGACCGCAACGUGAAGCGCAACGUGAAGAAGUUCAAGGGCUACCCGUGGGCGGCGGGCUCGGCCGACUACAAGGCCAAGUUGGAGGAGACCUGCAAGAUGGAGCCCAAGCAGCUGCGCACCAUGGCCGAGAUGCUGGACCUGGAGAAGAAAGGUUCAACCUCGGAGCUGGCGGCGCGGCUGGUGGGCUUCCUGCAGCAGCCCAGCGUGAACUCGCCACACGCACGCGGGUCCGCCAAGCCGCUGCCGCCGCCGCCCGCCAACACCCCCGGCGGCCGCCCGCGCCGCUCCGCCGCGCUCAAAGUCAACAGAGGUUAUUCAGAUGAAGAAUACGAGUCAGACCCUGAAACUAAAGUAAAAGGACCCAAACCAGUCAAAGAUGGCAGUGAAGAUUCUGAUGGUUCGUUCAACCCGAGCGGCUCCGAAGAGGCGGACUCAGACUUCGACCCCGAGGGCGGGGAGAGCGCGAGCGGCGGCGCCACGCGCAAGCGCAAGUCCACGGGCCGCCGCCGCUCCAGCAAGGGCAAGCGCGGCCGCAAGUCCAAGCCGGGACGGGGGAAGGGCAAGAAGGUGGGCCGCGGCAAGAAGGCGCGCUCGGACAGCGAGGAGGAGAGCGACAAGUCGGAGAGCGACAGCGACGCCGAGUCGGCCAGCGACGCCGACGACUCUGACGCCAGCGAGCCGAAGUCGAAGCGCGGGCGCCCGGCGCCGGUGGCCAAGGGCCGCAAGGGACCGGUGGCCAAGUCCGCCGCCAAGGCGACACCAGUCAAACGGAAACCCCCCACCCCGCCAGCCAAGAAGAAGCCGGCGGCCAGCGCGAAAGCCAAGCCAGUGAAGAAGGGCAAGAAGGCGUCCUCGGAAGAGGAGUCUGAGGACGGCAGCGGCGAGGACGAGGACGCGGGCAGCGAGGAGGAGGAGGAGGAGAGCGGGGACGAGUCCGACCCGCCGGCGGACAAGAAGGCCAAGCGCCCGCCCACGGACGACGAGAUCAAGAAGUACGUGAAGCAGAUCCUGGAGGGCGCCAACCUCGAGGAGAUCACCAUGAAGACGGUGUGCAAGCAGGUGUACAGCCACUACCCGGACUUCGACCUCGCGCACAAGAAGGACUUCAUCAAGGCCACCGUCAAGUCGCUCAUAUCAUCGUGAGCAGUGACCAUUCGGCCGCCAUCACGUUCAUAGUCAACUAAGCUCCACAUUUAAACAAAACUUAGCAUAAACUGGCACCGCGCUGGCUACGUCUCGAGAUCGGAUACUUUCGCUUUUUAAUAUCAAAAAUAAUACACUACUUUCGGACACUCGCAGUUUGUUAUCCUCUUUUAAGUUUUAAGUUUGUUUCGUCCGAUCUCGGAGCUCAGCGGCGCGGUAAAAGAAUAUAUAAUUUAAUGUUGUAGGAAUAAUUUCCCUAGGAUAAGAAUAAUUCCGUAAGACAGUCACGUAAGGUUUGUUUUUAUUAAGGACAUUAUAUUUUGUAUUUUGUGUCUACUAUUGACUUAAUUUUUUAUAUAUUGAUGUGAUAGCGAAUAUCACAGCCUUUAGUUGAGUGACUAAGCAAAUUCGGGCUUGUGUGUCCACCAAUCAAAUGAAGUUACUUAUUUUUCCACAAAAUUAUAUAGUUUGAACGGGACAGAUCGGGACCAUUUUGUUUGACAAGAGCGCAGCACGAGUCUGUGAAAUUUGCGAAUCAGUCACCUACUUAUAGUACAUAAUACUAUGUAUGAAUUAUUUGACAUCGGAAGGGUAUCAUUGUACAAAAGUCUUUCUAUAUUUCGGCUAAAAUACUAAGAUUUAAUUGUUAUAAUAUUGGUUUAAAAAAUAUUUCGUAAAUUUUUAUUUUUUUAUAGUAGUCUGCAAAUUGCAGUUCAAAAUUUGGCGUAAACCUACUUAUUUUAAGUGUAUUUUAAGGUGUGUAAAUAAUACACUCUGUGUCUAAGUUUGUAUAAUUUUGGGAUGAUUCAAAAGUAGUUUACACCAAAUAAUUACAAAAAAUAAUUUGCCUACAUAAAUAAUUUACACCCUAAAUACAAAUGCGUCCCGCCAUGAAUUUCAUAAUGAUUAUUUUUUAUACCCAAUGGUAAAUGUUAUCAAACUUUAGGCAGCAAAUUGUGGAUUAUUUUAAUCUUCAAAAAUGUUUAGUUCAAGAUAAGACAUCACUAUCACAGCUACUAUGUCAUAAUAUGCGUAUAACAUUGCGAAUGUUGAAAUAAUCGACAAUGAUUCUAGAUGUACCUAUUGUUAUUGUAUUUGUUAUUAUUUACCAAGCUAUGUUCCAGUGUCUGAUUCACUCAGGCUCUUUAUUGUGUUCAUUCGUUAUGAUUGGUUGGCUUAUUUAUGAUACGCAUAGUAAUAGUACAAUUUGGAAGCGCGUAGAUACAGUAACAUUGUGAAAUGACGAAAUACCUAACCCAUAUUUAAAUGGCAA